AUGAAGUUAAUAUAUUUGACUUGUCUGGUUCUGCCGGCAGCUCUCCUAUGUUUCCAGAGCGCAAACACAAUCUUAGCAAGGGCAGAGGAAGAUGAACUUGACGAUGUGGUUGAUAUUGAAGGUGAAGACAACCAGGUGGUUGGUGAAGAUGCACUUGGAGACGACGAUGAGUCAGUAGUGAAAUCAUCACAAGAUGUUGAUACUACGAUACUGUUCACCAAGCCUAUCACUACUUACGGAGAUACUGCUUUUGACCUUCAAGCCGGUUUCCCAGUGGAAUUCUUUGUUGGUUUCACCAACAAAGGUGCUGAGGAUUAUUUGGUAGAAUCCAUGGAGGCCUCAUUCAGAUAUCCCAUGGACUACACAUACUACAUCCAGAACUUCACCGCAUUGCCUUACAAUAAAGAAGUGAAGCCUAAACAAGAAGCCACUUUUGCAUACUCAUUUAUUCCCAACGAAGGAUUUGCAGGCCGACCUUUUGGUUUGAACAUUCAGCUUAACUACAGGGAUGCCAGUGGCAAUUUCUACCAAGAGGCUGUCUACAACCAGACGGUGAACAUAGUAGAGGUGUCGGAGGGUCUGGACGGCGAGACGUUCUUCCUGUACGUGUUCCUGGGCGCGGCCGUGGUACUGGCGCUGGUGUUGGGGCAGCAGGCGCUGGCCACGCUGGCGCGCCGCCGCUCUCCGCGCGCUGCCCCCCGCCCCCUCGAGCGCGGCACGGCCACUGACGUCGACUACGACUGGCUGCCCAAGGAAGUCGUCAACCAGCUCAAAAAAUCCCCCAAAUCGCCUAAACAGUCUCCUCGCCUGAGGAAAGCAAAGAGAUCCGCCGGAGACGACUAA